AUGAGUUCGAAAAAUUCUGCACUUGCUUCGCUCACCGCUACCUAUACAGAUUCGGAAAAUGAAGAUGACCGUCGCUCAGACGAUGAUUCACCGCAAUCGGAUGGAGGAAGUUCCGUGUCACAGAUUCGUUCUCGCCAGCAAACACCUUUGCGAGAAAUGUCCGAGAGCUCUGGAACACCCGUCACGCAAAGCAACACCGCAAGCCUUCCAUUCAAAUCAGCAGAACCUAGUGGUGCUAGCGACAACGGAACACCCGGACCACCGCGUAAGAAAGCACUCCGCCUCGUUAGUUACAUCGACGAUACGAUAGUCGAUACGGAUGAUGAAAAUAACUCACCGGCACAUAGCGACCAGGAGGAGGUAAUCCUUUCCGAACACGAACCAGAACCACAUCGUAGCCCUUCGCCGGAAAAGGUCGACCGAGCGAAACUGUACGGUUUCAGUUUGCCACCCGAACCAAAGGGCAAGUGUUCGCAGGAACUGCAGGAUAAGAUAGCCGCCCUGUAUGAACGGAUGAAAAAUUCCAAUAUGGACACGAACCGCAUCAUUCAGGAGCGCAAAGAAUUCCGCAAUCCCAGCAUCUACGAAAAAUUGAUUCAAUUCUGCGAUAUAAACGAGCUGGGCACGAACUAUGCGCCGGAUAUAUUUGAUCCCUUCCAGUGGGGCAAGGAGUCGUACUACGAAGAGCUAGCGAAAGCACAAAAGACCGAGAUGGAAAAGGUGGAAAAAGCACGCAAGGAAGCGACGAAAACGGAAAUACAAACCGGUGUCAAGCGUGCCGAUCCGGACGAGUCGAAAAAGAGAAAAUCGAAAUGGGACCAACCGGGUGUGUUGGGUGCGGCACCGGGUAUGCUGGGAGCGGCAGCUGCCGUCGCCAUGGCCAAUGCCUUGAAACCGGCCGGAAUUAUACAGCAGACGCUCACAACGACGGCUACCGGUACGAAGGGGACCGUGAUAUCGGCGUUUGGAUCACUACCAAAGAAGCCCAAGGUGUAG